AUGGUCGACGUCGAACUGAGGAUGACCGGCUUAAAUCCGGGUCACGUAGCCGGCCUGCGCCGUCUCUCUGCCAGAGCCGCCGCCUCCACCCCUUCCACGCCUCUUCCGCCGCGUAAUAGCCUCCUCUCAUUUUCUUCCCUUGCAGAUAAAGUCAUUAAUCAUCUCAAGAACUCGGGAAUUCAAGUCCAACCCGGAUUAUCCGAGUCCGAGUUCGCACUAGCCGAGGCGGAGUUUGGCUUUGCCUUUCCGCCGGACCUGAAAGCUGUUCUCUCAGCCGGAUUACCCCUCGGCGCCGGCUUUCCUGACUGGCGCUCCGCUCGUUCGGCUCGGCAUCACCUCCGCUCCUCCAUCGAUCUUCCUAUCGCCUCAAUUUCCUUUCACAUAGCUCGGAACGCCUUCUGGUCCAGGUCAUGGGGCACCAGACCAUCCGACCCGGAAAAGGCCUUGAAAGUAGCCCGAAAUGCACUUAAAAGGGUCCCUCUUUUGAUACCCGUUUUCAACCAUUGUUACAUUCCGUGCAAUCCUUGUCUAGCAGGAAACCCCAUAUUCUACAUCGAUGAAAAUCGGAUUUGCUUUUGUGGAUUCGACUUAUCAGAUUUCUUUGAUCGUGAAUCUUCUCUAUUUCAAAGCCCUAAUCAAAAUAUACUCUCCAAGCAGCUCUCCACAAGUGAAAAACUAAGCAGAUCAUCGACUAAUUCUUCAAGAAAAAGUCUAGACACUAUCUCCGUUACAAGAACGCCACGGUGGGUGGAGUUCUGGAGCGACGCCGCCAUCUAUCGGCGGCGAAGGAUCUCAGAUUCCUCAUCUACGUCUUCAUCGUCGCCAGAUAGAUAUUUCGACGUGCCAAGAUACGAAAUCCCCGAAUGGGUCGAGGAAUACGUAUCCCAAAUCGGGCAAGUUCUAAGAGAAGGCGGGUGGGCAGAAUCUGAUGUCUCUGAGAUUGUACACGUUCCAGCAUCUGGAUUCUUUGAUGGAGAGAUGGUGAUGCUGGACAAUCAAGCAGUUCUUGAUGCUUUGUUAUUGAAAACAGAUCGGUUCUCGGAUAUACUCCGGAAAGCCGGCUGGAGAUCCGACGAGGUUUCUGAUGCUCUUGGAUUCGAUUUCCGAUUGGAGGAAAGGAAUCCAUCGAAGAAAUUGUCACCGGAGUUGGUCGAGAGACUCGGAAAACUGACAAAGUCGUUCACUCAGCCAUAUUAA